AUGAGCUUGCAAGUACCAAUGACGCAGUUCCGCGAGUUUCAGCAGGUGCGGGCAGAGCAGAAGAAAGUCCUCGCAGGCGCCUCGGCGCGCGCGAAGGAAGUGCAGGUUGCAGGGGCAGCGUGCUCCCGCCAGGCUCAGUUGAUUGAAGAGCUCCAAGGGCGCAUCCAGCAGGCGUCGCAGCGACCCAAAGCGGAGCUGCAACUCGAGCUCGGUCGGGAGCAGCAGAAGCACGCCAUCCUCGUCGAGCGGACUGAGCAGCUGGAUUUGGUCACCCGCAGGGGGCAGUCUGCAGAAAAAGGCGCCAAGGCGUCACCAGCGGAUGUGGCGCAGCUGGCGUCCGAAGUCCGUGACAGGACGCAGCACGUGGUGGAACUCCUCGCGGAGAUCGACCAGCUCCAGCGAGCUGCAGCUCCCAGGAAGUCUCCACCACGACCGGCCUCCGCGCCUCGUGUGGACCUUCUAGACGAAGCUCGCGAGGCCAUGGUGAGCGCGCAGCUGCGGUACGAGGAGAUGGACCGAAAGCGCUCCGUGAUCGAGAAUGAGAUGCUUCGAAGGCAAGGGGAGGCUUGGGGCCAGGGGUUGGCGGCCUUGCAUGCGGAGCUGUCCCGAAAAUCGGCACAGCUCAGCCUCGCGGUUUGGUACAUCAAUCCAGAAGCGAAUUGCGAAGGCUACGAUGGAAAGAUGCUCACUUUCGUCAAGAUCGCUCAUGAUGGGCUAAAGAAGGCUGUUAUAAAGGAGAAUAAGAAACCCAAGCAAGGUUUGAAGCACUUGUGGCUACAGCUGGCCUACUUUUACACCCGUUUCUUUAACUAG